UCAAGGUUUGGAUCCCAAAAACCACUGUGAAUUCUUCUUCUUUAUCCAGCUCACAGACGAUAAACAUGACGUCUCGUACUCGGACCGUGAGUUUGAUCUGGAUGAGCUUGCUGACGUGUCCAGCUUUCCGUGGAGUGAGCGUCUGGGCGAUGGUUUUCUGUCCCCUCUGCCCUCAUCCAGUCGCUCUGCAUCGCUGGCCGCUCCACUACAGGCCGAACGCUCGGGCCGAGACACUCCAGCCAGCGUGGACUCCAUCCCUCUGGAGUGGGACCACGAUUACGACCUGAGCCGGGGUCUGGAGAGUGCCAGCAGAGCCUUGUCCUCUGAACCGGGAGAUCAGGUAGAGGAUGGAUACCUGCAGGGCUCAGCGUCCGCCCUUUCAGAUGUAGUGAUUCCAGAGAGUCCUGAGGCAUAUCUAAAACUUACUGAGCAAACUCUGAGGUCCAGCGCUGGUGACGCUGGAUCACUGGAGACUCACAUCAGACAGCUGGAUAAAGUUCUAAACACCAGCUGCUUCCAUCUGCAGCAGACGGAGAACAUCAUACGCAGCCGGACUCCGACCGGCCCUGAGCUGGACGCCACCUACAUGGGUUAUAUGCGUCUUCUUGAAGAAUGUCGUGGCAGUAUAGAUGCAGUAAAGCGAGUGGGAUUUGAGCUGAAAGAAGAGGAAGACAAGAUAAUAGGUUUCGUCAACCCCAACAGCUCAGAGUCCCAAACUUCAGGUGUGAUCGAGCGCUGGGAGCUGCUGCAGGCUCAGGCUCUCAGUAAAGAGAUGCGCAUGAAGCAGAACAUGCAGCAGUGGCAGCAGUUCAACUCUGACCUGAACAGCAUCUGCAGCUGGCUGGACCAGGCAGAAGAAGAGCUGGAGCAGCAGCGGGGACUGGACCUCAGCACGGACAUACAGACCAUCGAGCUACGCAUCAAGAAACUCAAGGAGCUGCAGAAGGCUCUGGAUAAGCGCAAGGCCAUCGUGCUGUCCAUUAACCUCUGCAGUGCCGAGUUUGUGCAGUCGGACAGCGAGGAGGCGCGAGACCUACAGCGACAGCUGAAGGAGAUGAAUAACCGCUGGGAGCAUCUCAGCAGCUCUCUGGACGAGUGGAGGAACGCGCUCCAGCACGCGCUCUUGCAGUGCCAGGACUUCCAUGAGAUGAGUCAUGGUCUGCUUCUGUGGCUGGAGAACAUCGAUCGCAGGAGGAAUGAGAUCGUCCCGAUUGACCACACUCAGGACAGCGAUACCCUACAGGAGCAUCACAAAACGCUUCUGCAAAUCCGCCGGGAGUUGCUGGACACGCAGCUGAAGGUGGCGUCCCUGCAGGACAUGUCCCUUCAGCUGCUGGUCCACUCGGAGGGCAGUGACUGUCUGGAAGCCAAAGAGAAGGUGCAUGUGAUGGGGAACCGUCUGAAGCUGUUGCUGAAGGAGGUGACGAGAGACAUCCGAGAGCUGCAGAAGACCCUGGACAUCAGCAGCAGUCAGCAGGACUUGUCAUCUUGG